AUGUCUUCGGUAGUUGAAACCACGCCACACCUUAGGGUGUCGGCGAAAAAGUCUCAACCCCAAACCGACACCGCCUCUCCACGAAUUCCACCACCGAACGACACCGCGGUAGAGGACAAGUUCUUCUGGACUUACACUGAAGAACCGCACCGGUCAAGACGACAGGCAAUUAUCAAAGCCCAUCCAGAGGUGACCAAGCUCUGUGGUCCUGAGCCUCUCACAAAAUAUGUCGUCCUCGGCGUUGUCUCCCUACAAAUCACCUGCGCAUACCUCCUCCGCAAUACCUCCAUGCUCGACUGGAAAUUCCUGGCUACUGCCUACGUGAUCGGAGCGACAUCAAACCAGAACCUGUUCCUCGCCAUCCAUGAGAUCUCCCAUAACCUGGCUUUCCGGUCCCCGAUGGCCAACCGCAUGCUAGCCAUCUUCGCGAACCUCCCUAUCGGAUUACCAUACAGUGCAGCAUUCAGGCCCUACCACCUUACCCACCACAAAUCCCUCGGCGUGACAGGUCUCGACACUGACCUCCCAACCGCAUUCGAAGCCUUCGUCCUGAACUCAGUCCUGGGCAAGACAUUCUUCUGUACAUUCCAGAUCCUCUUCUAUGCCGUCCGCCCAAUGUUCAUCUACAGCCCGCCCUUCACCUACAUCCACCUCAUCAACCUAGUCAUUCAACUCUCAUUCGACUACUUCCUCGCCUGGGUUAGCGGCUCCUGGACACCAGUCUUCUACUUCCUUGCCUCCGCCUUCCUAGCCGGAUCCCUACACCCAUGUGCAGGCCACUUCAUUGCCGAGCACUACUUCUUCUCACAAGUCAAGACCGGCGGAACAGAGUCCCUGGCCGAGUUGAAGACCAAGCCUGCCACAAAGACGACUAAGCCUCACCCCCUUGAUGAACUUGCCCCUCCGGAGACUUACUCGUACUACGGUCCGCUGAACAUCCUUACGUACAACGUGGGAUUGCAUAAUGAGCACCAUGAUUUCCCGGCUAUCCCUUGGACGAGAUUGCAUAAGUUGAAGGAGAUUGCGUCGGAGUUUUAUGAUCCUUUGCCUUGUCACCGGAGUUGGGUUUGGGUCAUUUGGACUUUCAUUCUUGAUGAGAAUGUUGGUCUUUGGUGUCGUGUCAAGCGGGCCCAAGGUGGUCGUGUUGUUGGGGGUGGUGGAGGUGAGAAAAAGGCUGGCACUGGACGAGGUGGCGAGGGGAUUUCUGCUGCGUCUGCGGGUCCAGACGGUGAAGAGGGUGAUGGAUGGAAGGAGAGUGAGAUUCAGUGCUAG